AUGAAUGAUAAUACUUCGCAAAGUCAAAUAAGCGCGAUUGUAGUGGGCGCUGGGCUUGGUGGGUGUGCAUGUGCUCUUGCGCUGAAGCACCAUGGUCACUCAGUGAUCAUUUAUGAGAGGCUACGAGCGUUUCGACGUCUUGGUGACUCGCUCGGCCUCGGCGAGAAUGCACUCAAGCUCCUCGAGCGGUGGGGAGGGCGUGACUUAUACAAUAGGCUAACAAGGAUCGGCAAUCAAGCCACAGACAUGCAAAUCCGGCGAUGGCACGAUGGCAAGAUCUUAGCGUCGCAGCCUCUAAUGGACAUGGCCGGCUAUAUCGGGCACAGAGGUGACUAUCAUUCCGCUUUUCUUUCAGCGGUGCAAGAUGCUGGUAUCGGUAUCCGUAUGGGCUGCGAAGUAACAGACUACGAAGACGAAGCGGGACGUCCACCGGCUAUUGUGCUAAGCGACGGCACCAGAGUCCCGGCCGAUAUCAUUAUUGGUGCUGACGGUAUUAAAUCGCGGGCCAGAGAACAAGUUCUUGGGUUCGCGGACGCCCCGAAGAGUACCGGAUACUCUUGCUAUCGGGCAUACUUCCCAGGCACACACCUGAAAGAGGACCCGUUAUGCAGAGAAUUUGUUGAUCAUGACUGCGUCAAUAUAUGGAUCGGGGAAGACACACAUCUAGUACAAAAUACUCUCCGUAACGGGGAUGAAUUUAACUGGAUCGUCACUCGAAAGCUGUCGCAUGAGGCAGACAUGGAGAUUAGGGAGUCGUGGUUCCAAGAGGGUGACCUAGAAGAUGUGGCACGCGUAACGGCAACAGUAGACCCUCGAAUUCGUGCGGCCGUGGCCAAGACGCCAUCAUGUCUAGACUGGAAGAUCUGUUAUCGUGACCCAUUGCCGACGUGGGUGUCACCCAGAAGCCAUAGAAUCGCACUCCUGGGCGAUAGCUGCCAUCCGCAUCUGCCUACAAGCGCGCAAGGGGCCAGCCAGGCAGCGGAGAGCGCUGCAGUGCUUGCAGUAUGCUUGAAGCUAGCAGGGAAGGGAAACGUACCACUUGCUACGAGGACGUACGAGAAACUUCGGUUUGCGCGCACAAGACAAAGUCAAAGAAACGGCGAGGAUCUUCGUGAUCGGUGGCAUAGUGCCCUUAAGAACGUCGACGAUGGCGUGGACAUAGACCCCGAGUCUCUCAAGAUUCGAAAUAGAUGGCUUUAUGCAUUCGAUGCUGAGGCUGAUACGUUAGAGCGGUGGGAAGAAGUGUCUGACCUAGUUGGCAAUGAGUUGCGCUCGGGUGAAAUCACACCUCUGUGUUAG